AGGUUCCAAAAGAAACACGUAUCUCCAAAAUAAUGGAUACCUGCAUAACAAUUUUUGGCAUCGAAGAGAAAAGAACUAUUUUAUUCUUUCGCAAUGGACUUAUUAAUUCCUCACAAGAAUUAUGUGAAGAUAGGUGUAUCGGAGAGCUGCAGAAUAGGGCAAUGAGACACAUCACGCUACAUCUGCAACAGAAGCCUGUAACACAUCCCGCCGAAACAACAAUACAAACAAAUCACAUGAAGGAUAAAAUACUUCACCUUGAGGAAGAACUCAAGAAAAAAGAUGAAGCCAUUGCAAAACUGGAAAGGCACUUAGCAUCUAUGAGGAUAUUUCACCAGCAAGUAUUAAAUAUCCCAGAAGCUCUUCAGACGUGGAAUUCAAAAAUGAAAAUAAUGUGUUGUAAGUCAUUUUCCCCCACAACUGAAGCAGAACUCCAAUGGGUCCAAAGUAAAGUGCAAGAAAAAACACUGGUUAUUGAUAGUAUACGUAAAAUGAAAGCAGAAAGGACAAGUCAACGUAAAAGCAGUGAAAAUGAUGAAAUGAUAGAAAAUUUAAACCUAGACUACUCAAUCAUUGAAGAAGAAAUACUCCUUUCCAAUCUGAAAGUGCAGAAAAGGUUCCUCAAAGAAUGCCAAACCAAUUGGAAGGAAUGGAAAGCCUUAGAAGUGACUCAGGCUGCCGGCGGAGUGGUCAUCUAAACAAACGUACCCUACAGAAGGCAAAAAAAGGUUUAUUACUAUUGCAAAAACAAAAUAAAUGCAGUUUAGAAUUGUUUUCCGCCUAAUAAUAAAACUAGUUUAAAUAAUAAUACACUUGCUUGUAAUAGUACAUAAUGUGAUCGUUGACCACCUGACAUGUUCUUAAAUAACAUAACUGAAAUAAAGACAAAU